UGUGCUGUAAAUCUUGUUUUGCUGGUAUCUUUUUAACACACACACACACACACACCUCCCUGUGUUUCUACUCAGAUCUUUUAUUAGCAUAGAGUCACUUUACUCUUAACGUGCGUGGAUCUCUGUAGUGGCAUCAGAGUACAAGCAAUCUGCAUUUUUUUGGGCAGGAUCAGUUUCCAACCCCUCUCAAGUGGAUUGCCACUAAGGCGUCAUAUCCUCUUUCUCUUCUUCAACCUUUUCUUUUUCCUUUCUGCAUCUUCUGCAUUCUAUACUGUGCUUUUCCUCCACUUUUAGACUUAAAAUAACCCUGUGCAUGUGUGGUGGGGGGUUUGUGUCGAGGGAACUGAUUGGUUCAGUAUAGGCAGAGCAUCUUAGUCUGCACACAUUUGCUUUAUGAAGCUUUUAAAACAAAUUUUUCUGUUGGCCUGUCAUGUGUCCAUGCCCCGUACUGACCGGGGAUCCAGUGACUCUUGUUAAGGUGUCAUCUCCUGUAAAAGUCUCUUCUCCUGAGGUGACCAGAGAAAUGCCUGGGUGUUCUAAUCUCAGGAACGGCCUGAUCGUUACCAAACUCCUUUAUUAACUAUUCAUGGGGGACACAGGUGCCAAAUGGGGCUCUGUGUGUCCACCAAUCCAUCUUAUCUUUGGGAGGAGGACAGUAGGUGUCAAUGUUGGGAGAAAAAAAAAGAGACCAAGACGUAGAGGAACGGAUUGUUGAAGUUGGUUUCUCAGAUAGAAACGAUGGGUGGCUUUUAGCAUCAACAGAGGAACUGGUCGACUCAAUUCAGAUUAAACAUAUACUGGAUUUUGGAAAAAUUCAAACAUUUGUGGAACUGCUACUCCUGUAAACUAUCAAGAGGAAGGUAAACAACAGCUGAGGAAUAAAUAGGCUUUUCUUGUUUGGAUUUGUCAACAUGGACCCCCCAGCCCCCCCUGUUGCCAGGUUUGAAGUGGAUGUGGACCUUGGCUUCGCCCUCUUCUUCUUCUCCCUGCUCUGCUUGUUCUUGUUGGGGGCCAUAGUCCGCUGCGCCCAGCUGGUGCUGGACCCUUACAGUGCUAUCUCGGUCACUACACACCAGGAGGAGGAACCGGAGGAGUGACAGACCUACACAUCAUAUAGUAAUAGACAACUCAUCCUCAAAUGGGAUAGCAAAGCAAAAAAGGAACCGCCACCAGCCAAAGAAUGUUUUUAGGCUUCUCUUAUGACCGAGUCGGACUGGUGAAGUUGUGUCUAAACAAUAUUUCCACUUUUAUAUAGUUUCUACCAAUCUAGGUAUAUAAGAAUUUUGUACGAAAACAUGAGCAGCAUCCAACAACUUCAAAUCAUGUAAGUAUGCAAUGGAGAUCACAGAAUAUACUUACAUAGUGCUGUCUAUGCUUAUAUAAAUCAAGCUAUGCGUGAUUAGCAUGUAGUUGUUUGAAACUCAUUAAAGUGUUUAUAUAUUCAUUUAGAAUUGACAUGACCAACUAUGUCUAGACAUUAUUAACUUUUUUCAUUCACAUCCCAGAAUGCAAAGUGGUCAAACAUCAGAAAAGAUAUGUGAUAUUUGGCCAUUUGGGCCUCGUGCUACGACGUGCAAUGUGUUCAUGAUUUAUUUAUGUUUUUUUAUUUUAAAAUGUAUAGAAUAUGUUUCCAUGCAGACAGGCCUUUCUAGGGUCCAUAUACAUUAAUACACUAAUACAAACAGCCACAGACUUGAACCACGGAGAACAGAAAGGCUGAGGCAGACUCCUGAGUUUAUCACCUGUGAUCUGUUCAUAAUACCAGAAUGUAUGCUGUGAAAAGCUGCUCGAUAAAGAGGCAAAUUCCCUCUUUUCCACAGUAACAAAGCACAGAUGUUUCCAAGUUCUCAAUGAUGAGAAUCUCUAAUGUAAAACAGAUGUUCUGCUCUUUCUCCCAAAUUCUG